AUGAAGACAGUCAGUAAAAACAGAAGAUUCUCCUCUCCGUUUGUAUUAGUAUGGAAAUUGAUCAGCAAGUUGUAUUACAGAUACACACUAGAAAUGGGAAUAUGCAUACUUGAAUGGUGGGAGGUGGUCUUGGUCAAUACAUACUUUCUUUUGUUAACAUCCUCGUUCAUCAAGCAAAUGAUAAAAGUCACAAAGUGUGUAUAUAAAAUGAUUAUUAAAUUGCCAAGUAUUUUCAAAUCCAAGAUGCGUGUGCAUUCAAACAAUACAACUAUCACUUCCACUUAA